UAAUAAAAAAAAUAUGAAAAUAUUUGUUAUUUGUGCAAUUAAUCUCUCAAUUAUUCAAGAAGAAUUUACAAAAGUGUCAAAAAAAUAGGAUUGAAUCUUUAAGAAUUCUUAACAAAAAAAAAAAAAAUUAUUAAAACCCAACGUCACCAACAACAAAAAUUAAAAAAUUACUAAAAUGUCCGGGAGAAAAAAAUCAGGAGAGAAAACUCCCGAAGAAAUGGACGUGGACGACGCAGACGUGACCGGUCUGGACACCAAGGAAGGAGGUAUAAGGAUAGACUCGGAAAUUUACAUUCCCCCAGCGCCAAAAAUCUACCACGCGGAUAACCACCAAGGCCCGCGACUGAUGAUCGAGAAGAUAGUCAACAAAAACUUCAAGAGUUACGCAGGAAUAGUCGAGAUCGGACCUUUCCACCAGUGCUUUAGCGCGAUAGUGGGUCCUAACGGUAGCGGCAAGAGCAACAUCAUCGACGCGAUGCUGUUCGUCUUCGGGUACCGCGCCACGAAGAUCAGGUCAAAGAAAAUAUCCGAAUUAAUUCACCGCUCCGGCGAGCAUCCGAACAUUAAUAGCUGCACCGUGGAGGUGCAUUUCCAGAAGAUAGUAGACCUGGACAACGAGGAGCGUAACUACAAAGUGGUCCCCAACAGCAGCGUAGUGAUAUCCAAGACUGCCUUCAAGGACAACACGUCCUACUAUGAGUUGAACCACAAGAAAGUGCAAUUUAGAGAAAUCGCCAAGAUGUUGCGCGACGACGGGGUCGACCUGGACCACAACCGCUUCCUUAUUUUACAGGGAGAGGUCGAGCAGAUUGCUCUGAUGAAGCCCAAGGCUGCUAACGAUAACGAUUGUGGCAUGCUGGAGUUCCUGGAGGACAUUAUCGGGACCUCGAGGUACAAUGAACCGCUGUUGAAGCUGGCUGAGAAGUUUGAGCGCACUGGUGAAGUUGUUACUGAGAAACUCAAUAGGCUCAGGAUUGUCGAGCAUGAGAAAGAUGAAUUAAGGGGUCCUAUGGAGGACGCGGUUAGUUAUAUGCGCUGUGAAAAUGCUAUUACUAAAUUACAGUACCAGUUGUAUCAUUGCAAGAAGGCUCAGUAUGUUGAUAAUUGCAAAAAACACCAGGAACGUUGUGAUGAAAUUUCUGAAGACUUUAAAAAUCUUAAAACUGAAAUGAGCGAAGUUUCCAAAGCCAAACUGGAAAAAACUUUAGAUUUAAAGACAAAAACCAGCGCCUGGGAUGAAAUUCAAAAAGAAUCUGACGCUGUGACGAGUAAGUUUAAUAAGCUGAGGAAAAAAGACGAGAAUUUGCACCAAGAGUUGGUGGAGACUAACAAAAGACGCAAGGGAAAUAUCGUGACGGUUAAAAGCGAGAAGGAAAAAUUGGAGCAGUUGCAGAAAGUCCCGGAGAAAAGCGCGAAGGAAAUUCAGGAAGUUGAGAAGCUGAUAGAGAGACACUUGGCCUCGCAGAAAAAAGAAGAAGCUACUCUUGAGGAAUUAAUGAGCACGUUGCAGGAAAAAACGGAACCGCUGAUGAACAAGCGGCAAGAGUACGAGAGCCAGUUGAUGAAGCAUCGGAAAAAAAUCGACGCUGCGCAGGCAGCUUUUAAUCUCGCGGACUCCGAGCUGCAGUUGUGCACCUCUGUUGAGAAGGUGGAGAAAGAAAAGCUUGAAAAGCUUCAGGCGAAGUUCAAGGAAACAUCGGAGACUUUAAAAGAGCGUCAGGCUAAGCUUGCUGAGCUUGAGCAGAAUAUUCCUGGGGCUGAGAAAAAUUUAGCGGUGAUGCAGAAGAAGUUGGAGGGCAUGCGGGUCAAUGAUGCUAAAGUUAGUUCGGAAAUCAAGCGGAUGAGGAUGCAAGUUGAGGAGAAGAGGUCGGCUAUGCAGGCGCACAGGUCUAGGAAUAGAAUUCUAGACGCGUUGAUGAGGGAAAAAAGAGAGGGAAGACUUCCUGGGAUUCUUGGGAGACUUGGAGAUUUAGGAGCUAUCAAUAAUAAGUAUGACGUCGCUGUUUCUACCGCGUGCGGCCGGCUGGAUAAUAUUGUGGUUGAUACUAUCGACACUGCUCAAGCGUGUAUUGAAUUUUUGAGGGUUAAUAAUAUCGGGAGAGGCGUUUUUAUUGCCUUGGAUAAAAUUCAGCGGCUGGUUUCGCAGUGUCAGAAGAAGAUAACUACUCCUGAGAACAUUCCGAGGCUGUUUGAUUUGAUAACUGUUGAAGAUCCGCAGGUUCUACCGGCGUUUUAUUACGGCUUGUAUGAUACUUUGGUUGCUAAUGAUCUGGAGCAAGCUUCAAGGAUUGGGUACGGAGCCAAGCGCUACCGGGUGGUUACUCUCAAAGGAGAAUUGAUUGAAACUUCGGGAACUAUGAGUGGUGGAGGUAGAAGUGUCUUGCGUGGGAAGAUGGGCCAGAAGGUGAUCAAGGACGGACCUAGUCCGGCGGAGAUUGAAAAGUUGGAAAAAAAUUUAAGAGAAGUAAAUGAAGAGUGUGCUCAGUUGAGAGCCCAACAGCAGCCGUUUGAACUAGAGAUCAACCGGGUGAGCAGAGAGGUAUUUGAGAUGAAGAAUAAUAGAAAUACUUUUGAUCUAGAUGUUCGUUUGAUGACUGAACAGCUUCCUCAACUUGAAGCUCAGUUGAAGAUUCAGGAGAAAAAAGCUGCUAGUGCUGUUUCUAAUCCUGCCAAAGUUAAAGAAUUGAAGAGGGCUGCUGAUAAAGCGGAAGCGGAAUUGGAGGAGAAGAAAGAACUGGCUCAGGUUAUUGAGAGGAAAUUUAAGAAGAUUAAUGACCAGAUUAAUGAAUUAACUGGGGAGAAGAUCAAGGAACAGCAGCAGGUUAUUCAGAAAAUUAUUAAGGCUAUCGAAAAAGCAAAGGAUGAAGUUUGCAGAUUGCAGGUUGCUGUUAAAACUGCGGAGAGGAAUGCGAAGAAAACUCAGGAGCGUAUUGAGAGUCUGGAAAAUGAUGUUGAAGUUUGUGCUGGUAGGAUUCAUGAUAUUCAGAAGGAGAAGAAGCAGUAUGAAGAAGAUGCUAAGGCUCUGUUGGCGGUUAUUGAAGAGUGUGCUGAUAAGUUGAAGGAUAGGGUUGAUACUACUAAUUUGUUGAGGAAGGAGUUGCAAAGUUUGCAAGAACGCGAGGAUAAAAUGAAGGCGCUGAAGAUUGACUUGGAGCAAAAAUUGGGAGAUACUAAGAAAGCUCUCGCGGAAGUUAGGCACAAGAUUGAAGAUUAUGAGCGGAGGAUCACGACUUUGAAGAUUAAUGACAUUCCUGGGGAAGUUGUGGAUAAAUUGACGCCCCUUAGUGAUGAAGAUGCUGAAGCGUUGGAUUCGAGGACUUUAGCGGCAAAUUUAGCUGCUGCUAAGGAGAGACUUCCGAAAGAGGUUCCUAAUAUGCAGGCGAUUGAUAGUUAUCUCCAGAAAGAGGAGGUGUUUUUAAAGCGCUCGGCUGAGGUUGAGGAAGCUUCUGCUGAGAAGAAUAAAACUCGCUUGAAUCUUGAUAUGGUUAAAAGAAAAAGGCACGAAGAAUUCUUCGCUGGGUUCUCGAUUAUUAAUUCUAAGUUGAAGGAGAUGUACCAGAUGAUCACGCUUGGCGGAGCUGCGGAUUUAGAGUUUGUUGAUUCUUUGGAUCCGUUUACGGAGGGAGUUGCGUUUAGUGUCAGACCGCCUAAGAAGUCUUGGAAGAAUAUCACCAAUUUGAGUGGAGGCGAGAAGACUUUGAGCUCCUUAGCGCUUGUCUUUGCGCUCCAUCAUUACAAACCGACUCCGUUGUAUUUUAUGGAUGAGAUUGACGCGGCGCUGGAUUUUAAAAACGUCUCUAUUGUUGGGAGUUAUAUUAAAGACAGAACGAAAAACGCGCAGUUUAUUGUGGUGAGCUUGAGGUCGGAAAUGUUCGAACUGGCUGAUACUCUGGUUGGAAUUUUUAAAACCCACAAUGCGACUAAAUGCGCCGCUCUUAAUAUGAAAGAGUUUGCUGCGAAAAAUCCACAGAUAGCGCAGAGGGAAAAGGAAAAGCAGGAAAAAUUUUACAGCAGUGGAAAAAGAACUCAGAUCAAGAAAAUUUCCGGGUCUCAACAGUUACCUUCGACUUGUCCGGCUGUCGUUGAGAGGACCGUUGUUCCGAAUUCUAGUGCAAAUACCAGCAAGAAAGACCUGGGCAGUGUCUUCAGUAAGCAGACCCAUUCUCCUCAGGCUAAGAGACUCAGAAGGUCCGCGCUCAGGAGAGGAGCUUCUUUAGAUUCUCUCAAUCUUUCGCCGUCUAAGUCUGAUGAUGGAUCUGUGGAUAAAAAAAAGAGAAAGCUUGAUUUACUAAAAAGGUAAUUUUAGAGUAAUUUUGACGAAAUAUUUCUAUAUUGUUAAAUUAAUUGAUAAUGAACUUUUAUAAUCGGGACAGAGAUGUAGUUUUGUAAUUAUA